AACAAGUUAUUGAUUUACAUUUUACAAAUAAAAUUAAACUUAAUUUUAUUGCUGAAUUUAAAAAUCGAAGAAAUGGGUGAUUUAAAUGAAAAAGUGUUAACUGCAAAAAAUGCUUUAACUGUUGCUCUUGGUGAUAAUACUCAAAAGUAUUUUAACAAUAUGAAGUUUUGGUUUCGUAAAAAAUGGUCAAAAGAAGAGUUUGAUAUCGCUUGUCGAAAAUUAUUAACGCCAGACAAAAUACAUUUGCAUAAUCAAUUUCUUUUGGCUAUAUUGAAUAAAAUAGAUGCUUUUCAACCUGGAGCGGUUGCUUUGCAAAACUCUACAAAGUUUAGCAAUAGAAUUAAACAAGAAACAAAUAGCAGUAGCGGUCCCAGUGAAAGUAAAAAACGUAAAAAAAGCUCAAGAAGUGGAAAUGACAGAUCAUUUGAGUCUUAUGACUUUUGCGAUUUCCUAAAAGAUGAUAACAUGGACACAAUUAUUAAACCACCACCUAACUGCAUGGACUAUAACAAUCAAUCAGUACAGCAACAAAGAUAUUGUGCCCAAGAAUUGUUUUUGCCAGAUACUGGUUUUAUUAUGGGCAGAUUACUUGUAGGUGCUUGGGAAAAUGGUUUAGUAAACGCUGAAGAUGUUGCGGCUGAAUAUAUAGCAAUGGCAGUACAAGUUUUAUUGAAAAAUAUACUCACAGCCGUUAUUACUAAACGGAAACAUUAUAAAGUUAAUUCAGAUGGAAAAUAUUUUUAUGAUAUUGGAACUCCAAUCAAAGAUCCUUUUUUAAAAAACACUAUAUCCAGACAGAAAAUCGACGACGCACCAUUGGAAUUAGACAGAGAAAUCACCUCUGCGCAUUUAUUACGCAGAAAUAAUGAUGAUGUCAUAUUUUUGUCAGCUUGUGAGGAAUUGUAUCCGAUAAGAAAGAGACUUAUAACAGUUCCUGAUCUUUAUAGAGCGUUACAGGAUAAAAAUAUAAUACCGUCCCAUACGGUUUAUGCUGUUAACAUGGAAAGAAUUGCACAAAUGCUACAGUAGUAUGUAAAAAAUUAUGUAUUAAGUAAUAUAUAAAAAGCAACAUUGGCAAAAGUAAUAAUGUUCUCAUAACAUUCAUAUAAAAAAUACAAACACAUUAUUGUCAUUAUAG